AUGGAAGUCCAAGUUGAAUACGAUUAUACGGCGGAAGAAAGAGAUGAACUUACUUUGAAACAGGGCGAUAUUGUCACUAAUGUUUCACAGUUUGAGGAGGGCUGGUACAUCGGAACUUUCAAUGGGAAAGAAGGCGUAUUUCCUGAUAACUUUGUCCGAGUAAUGUCAAUAAUCGUUACAAAAGUGGCUAGCCAGCAGGAAUGCCAAACUGGUCGUGCGUCUAGCAGACAGGUUAUCAGUUCUUCCUCUCUCAACGUUGGUGAUGACGGUGGGGAGAAAAUUGCUGUUCAGUCCAAACCCCACACAUCUGCGGCAACGGCCUCUCCUCCGACAAAUUCAGCCGCUGCAUCAAAUAAGAGCUUGGACUAUGUGAAGGUGGUCUACGGGUACACACCGGAGCAGUCCGAUGAAUUGGAACUAGUUGUGGACGACUUCAUUCAAGUUCUUAGUCGUGAUUUACCCGAGGAGGGCUGGUGGCGCGGGAUCAAUCUCCGCAGCAACAAACUGGGCGUUUUUCCCGACAACUUCGUAAAAGUGGCCGAUCCUAAUGACCCCAGUUUCAAGCGUGCGAUUGCGGACUACAAGAUGAGGACUGGCUCUUCAACCCAGCGAGCGCACAAUAGCACGAAUUCUUCAGCCCAUAGCAGACCCCUUCCAAACUCCGCAGCUGCCAGCUCCGGUGGCGGGAGCAAACGCUUAGAUUUAAACGCGAGCAAGAGUGCCGAAUUGAGUGCAUCUGUUUUAGAGGUGAAGAGGCGUGGUGACUCAGCAGAAGGCGGUCCUGGAGAUCAUGGACGACUUUCUUCCAAACGUCUUCCGGACAAGCUGACAUCAAAUGUUGGCUCAUCUUCUGUGCCUCGAACUGACGCAAAGGCUACUGGCAAAUCCGAAGCCCCCCGAUCCGGCAGAAACGAGCCAGCCACUCAAAAAGGUAACGCUGCAUUUUCUGCACUUGGUCGUAAGAACUCCAUCACUAAACCAGACCAUGAAAUCGUCACCAGUAAAUCUAGCACCAUCAAGACGCGAUUUUCUAGUUUGACGCGAUUGGAUCAAAACCGAUCAUCCGAUGCAACGCCACGCAACCUUGGAAACCUUCAAAGCAUAGUUAGUGAACAACAAGAACGUCUCAAAGCAGUUGCCAAUCAACUUGAUGAUUUCGCCCAAGUUGUCGAAACUCUUCGAAGAGAACAGCGUGAACACGCAGACGACGUCAACUCAAAGCUUACGGAAUUUUCUAAGCAGCUCAAAUCCAUGCGGGCCGUUCAAGGGCAUUUGGCAAACACCCAAAAAAUGUUAACUGAUCGUAUCCAGACCCUGAUGUCGGAUGUGGAUGUCGUUAGGAAAUCCCGCUUAGAGGACAUGGUCGUGUUGGAUCGCUUAAAGAAGGUAGUCUAUGACAUCGAUAGCUGGACGAUGAACUCGGGCCUUUUAACGAAUGGGGCUGGCGAAGAAUACCGCGGUCACAUGGAGGAGCUCGCCGACAUCAAUCAAAACUCCACUGACAUCUUUGCGUCGUCCAAAUCCAACGGCUACACGAAGCCUCCCACUGGUCCCCGGUAG